AUGCAGGUGCAUCUCUAGACAAUCUAGUUGUGUGACUGUUGUAGUUGUUGUCUAUGUUUGUGUAAAUGUAUUCAAUUUAGUGGAAUGAGUUCGUUUUUCAUUUUUUUCGUUAAAUAAUCUAGUUUUUAUGUGACAUUGCGACUAUAAAUGAAUUUAGAGGCAAUAUAAAACUUGUGAUAACCUGGAGUGUUAAUUAAAUCUUCGUUGGUACGGUCAUUAAUUCAAUAAAGAGUGGAACAACCUUUAAUUAAGUAGGUACUGGCUGUGGCUAUAAACAAACAUCUGUAGAUGUGUGCCUACACUUGUUGCACCCACUUUCAAAAAGAUAGAGAUUCAUUUUACCUGUUUGUGGGAAAGUGAACUUAUCAUAUUUACAUGUCAUAAAAUACAUUUUGUGAUCAUGUACCGUUACGACUGCCUAGUGAAUGUGAGAAAUGUGGUAUGAUAUUGUCAUCGUUAACGUACGUUACGAUGCACCUGCAGCACAUAUCAUUACAUUGAGCCGAGUGCAUCGCGAUUGCUAACAAGGUCUGACGGAAGGCUAAUUGAAAUCCAGUUAUUUGUUACGUGUUCUAUGGCGCAGGUAAAAAAGUACACGAAUCGACAAGUCAGUGAGGAGUCAGUCCCAAAAUGACUCAUACGUGGUCACUGGCAUUCCUGUAUUGUUUUGUUUUUAUGGAAUGCCAUAUCGAUGAGUAAAUUGCGGAGAGAAUGAAAGAAAAAACGGAUAAUUAUCUAUGAAGAUAAGGGAAACAAAAAGUGUUCUUUAUUUGAAAAUUUUAAGAAUUAUAAAGUUCUGUUUAGUUUGGCGCGAACAUGAGUGAAUUUUAGUGGUGUUGUGUGUAAAAUGUGUUGAAUAUAGUGUUUUAAAAUAAAAAUUUGCCAUGGCUCAGAGUUCUGUGGACUCGGACAGGCUGUCCUCAGCAGGGAUCUCAACCCAUAGCUCUGGAACUGCAGGGACAGUGGGUGGUUCUGUAGUUGGUGUCAGACCUGGUGAAGCUGUGCUUAAAAGGGAGGAUGAGGAUGAAUAUAACCUGGGACCACUGCCUCCAAUGUGGGAGAAAGCUUUCACACCCUCAGGAGAGGUGUACUUUAUUGACCACAACACAGGAACUUCUCACUGGUUGGAUCCAAGACUAGCGAGGGUCAGAAAACACUCUCUCGGAGAGUGUGGAGAAGAUGAACUACCCUUUGGCUGGGAACGAGUAACUGAUGAAAGAUAUGGAUCUUAUUAUGUCGACCAUAUUAAUAGAAGAACACAGUAUGAAAACCCAGUGCUGCAAGCAAGGAGAUUGAGAGCGGAGAAAUUAUCAUCGGAACACAGUGGUAACAGCCAGUCUAACGGGCCAACGCCCACUGGGGAGCUUCGCGGCGAGAGAUUCACACUCACGCUCACUAAAGGCACACAGGGUCUAGGCUUCACGUUAAUAGGCGCUGAGGGUAUACCGGAGACAGAAGGCUACCUUCAAAUACGUAGCAUAGUGCCACACAGUCCCGCCUGGAUCGAUGGAGCGCUUCGUCCCGGUGAUGUAGUGGUGGGAGUGGGCAACCGCGGCGUGCGAGGGUUAUCCCACGCGCAUGUCGCUCAGAUCUUCCAGUCCAUCACCCCUGGCACUGACGUCACGCUGCACCUUGUUAGAGGUUAUCCACUAUCAUUCGACUCGGAAGACCCAAACACUCGAGUUCUGAGCACGCUAGCAGUAGACGCGACCACUCCCGCUACUUCCGACGCUGUGGCCAUGCAGCAGCUCACCAGGGCUUUGAGGACCAGAUCAGCCUACAAUUCUAGGUUCAACCUGGAUUCUCCGAACCACGAGCCUCCGUCCCAAGGUCGGGACAAAGUGGACAGUGGACCCACCCCCCACAGUCCUGGACAGAGGAGGAUGAUGUCCAGAUCCUUUGAUCUGGACGAACUGACCAUAAAUGAUGAUAAUCAGGAGCUGCCAAGAUGUCCGUCCUUGGAUCAUGUACUGUCUUUGGCUAGUGAACAUCAAUCUCGAGCAGACAACAGCACUUCGAACGAACCGGGUCGGGAACUAGUGCUAACUCUACGCCGCGGUGCCGCCGGCUUUGGGUUCACCAUCGCUGAUAGUGUGCAUGGACAGAAAGUUAAAAAGGUAUUAGAUCGCAGCAGAUGCGCGGGUCUACGAGAAGGGGACUUAUUGCUACAAAUUGGAGAAACUGAGGUCCGUCACGCGCCUCACCAACAUGUUGUACAGGUACUAAAAGACUGUCCAGCGAUGCAUGAGACAACGUUGCGAGUCUGGCGACGUAACAACGCCGCCGCUAGAGCGCCUAGAAGUCGGUCGGCUACAAGAGUACAACCUGUUUCUACUGCAUCAAACAACAAUCUCAUCAGAAGUAAGACUCCGACUGCAGAACAACUACGCUCACCAAAUCUACACACACAAGACUCGUUGAGAGAUCGACUCAAUGGCAUGAACUCAGAAGCAACAUACGCAGUUCCCGAACACAAAAACCGCGAACGAGAAAGCCUAAUAGACCGGCGCCGUCGGAGUAGCACUCCCGGGGGACGUCUCACCCUCCCCGUCGUCACCCCCUGGACAGAACCACAACCAGACAACCAGUGGCAAGAACGAGAGACGUGGGUCGACAACUCCAAUAUACGAAACUGGGCGGAAAACGCACAAAAGUGGGACGAAAACGGGCAAAAAUGGGACGAGAACGGACAGAAAUGGGAACAGAACGGACAGAAAUGGGACGAGAACGGUCAAAAGUGGGUCGAAAACGGACAGAAGUGGCAGGAGAAUGGGCAGAAAUGGGAGGAGAAUGGGCAAAAGUGGGUGGAGAAUGGACAGAAGUGGGAUGAGAGUGCUAAUGGGAAUAGGUGGGAGAAUAACGAGAGGUGGGGCAAUGGGAAUUGGGGGGAGGUGCCUACCCCCACUGUGCAUGUUGACAUGAAUGCUGCUUAUUGGAGGGGGAACGCUAGUGUGGCUGAUAGCAGUGAUAAUGGAGGUUUCCCAGAAGAUGGCAUGCUACAUUCACCAACGACGGCGGCUAUGGGUGGCCUCACUCGACAGUCUCCUUCCACCAGCAGGAUAAGACCACAUUCACCAUCUAAUUCUACUGGUCGGCUACGCAGUCACUCACCUUCCAACACGAGUGCAACAGACCGGCUGCUGUCGAACUCGCCAUCCACGCGGCUGCAGAGCCAGUCGCCUUCCAACAACUCUUCUAACAGCAGGAUCAAGUCCUCGCCUCUCAGGUUACGUGAAUCGUCACCGUCCCGUCACAUGCACUCCCCAGUUUCGCGACAGUCGCCAUCAUGUUAUGAAAAUGAAACGCAACCCAACACGCUGUAUGUUGCUAACUAUCCACAAGUGGAAGCGGGUGGUGCUGGUGGCCAAGACCCGGAAGCCGACGUGUUAGUGCGACUAGCUCGAGGAGCCGCCGGCUUCGGCUUCCGCAUAGUCGGCGGCACUGAAGACGGCAGCAGAGUCGCUGUUGGAUAUGUUGUACCAGGCGGUCCGGCGGACGGGCUGCUGCGGCCGGGCGACCUGCUGACGUCGGUGGACGGCAUCCCGCUGGGCGGCGCCACGCACACCCGCGCCGUGUCGUACGUCUGCCAGGCCGCUUCUAGGGGACACGUAACAUUAGGGGUGAGACACAAUCGGGCAGAUAUUCAGCCUCUCGGACUGCCUACGAUGGUGGCGCCACAUCCACAUCAACCAUUAUUAACCGCGGAUCCUGCGAUGCAUCACAACAUGCCGCCGGUGUCGUACAACAUCCUGCACCCCGCGCCCAUGUACCCGCCCGCCGCGCAUGUGCCGAUGUACGGCGUUCAAUACGACCAGACGACCGGCGGAUGGGCAUCUGUCCCUUAUGACGUGACAGUCACCAGGAAUGAAGGAGAAGGCUUCGGAUUUGUCGUCAUCUCCUCCGCUAACAAGGCUACCAGUACUAUUGGACAACUGAUCCCGAACUCGCCAGCAGCUCGAUGUGGCCUUCUUCACGUGGGAGACACAAUAGUGGGCAUCAACCACGUCUCCAUCCGCAACCUGCCGCAUCCUGAGGUGGUGGCGCUCAUCAAGCACUCCGGCACUGCCGUGACCCUCACCGUGCUGCCUGACGGACGCCACCACUGACAUCAGACUGACCGACGCGCAGUACCACUGACUCACUGGCACACUGAGAACAUCCACGUAUAAUAAUCAAUGAAAAACAUAGAAUAUCUCAUAGUAAUUGAGGUAAGUUCUCGCAUGAAAGUGGAAAAGGUACCGUUUGCCGUCAAUCCAUAACUCGGUCUUUUGCGAACAUAAUUGUCGUCUGUUUUCAUAAUCUCUGAUUUAUAUGGUAAUCUCAAAAAGCUGAAUAUCAAUAUAUGUGUGUUCUAAAUAAAUAAUACAUAUUUGAACACAUCUUCACAAAAAUCAUAAAAUCUAACCUUGAUAACGGUUAGUUGUUAUUAAAAUCUCGAGGUAAGUCACUUUAUUCUACUUAUCAAGCAGGUAUAACUAUUUGAAUCCUCUAUCUUCCAUCUUAGGGAUUUGAUAAAAAAUAUAAAUAAGAAGGAAUUUACUUAUAAGCAAAAAGGAAGCAAGAAUUUGCGAAGGUUAAACCCAUAGCAAGAAUGCUAAACAAUUUAAGAAAAAUAUAGCUUUAAUAAAAGAAUAUCUACAGUAGUUAUUAAGUGAUAAUAUUAAGUAAUUCAAUCGUUUAUGUAUGUUGAAACCGGCAGCUAAUGUUACGUCCUUGCUCAAUCUGUAUUUACCUUUUCUAACUAAGAUAGGAUAUAUUUUUAGCAAUCUAUAGUUGAAUGUUGUUUCUUUAUCCUAUUUAGUAUUGAAAAAAUAUAUUAGCCGUGGCUAAUUUUGUAUUUUUUCAUUUAUUCAAAAUAUGGUAUAAUUCUCUUAAAAAAUGGCUAAUUUAAGGCUGUUUGCUUACCAAUGGAUGUUUUCCGACCUAUACUUGUUGACGACCAAAUGGCUCUAUUAGUUUUGCUACUUUGUUAAAAUCAUAUACUCGACUUUAUAAAUGCGAGAUCCCAGUUGUAUGUUUUUAUAGGUAUUCAUAAGUAUAAUUUUGUAUUUUUAUGAAUAAACCUCUCAUAAAUAUACACUCUAAACUCAAGCUCAUAUGAUAUCUUCCUAAGAAACCCGUUGUGAAUCUCUUAAACUGUAUAUAUUUACUUACAUAAUGUAAGUUAGGUUCUAAGUAAAACUUAGCUAUUAAUUAAGGCAGUCAUACAGAAAUCUAGGCAGGUUUUUUGAAUUUUGGAGUACAGAAGAAUCUACAUAUACUUAAUAUUAUAAGGCUGAGGAUAAGUUUGUUCGUUUGCUUGAACACACUAAUCUCAAAAACUGAUGGUCCGAUGUGAAAAAAUCUUAGCCCAUUUACUGAGAAAACCGCGAAAUAGUUCCCAUGGGACGCGGGUCAAACCGCUGGCAGAAGCUAGUCUAAAAUCAUAAUGGCAGCUGCAAUAUUACUUGCAUACAUAUUGUUUAUUGUAAUGCUUAAAUGUAAGUACAUAUAAGAUAUCAUGUUGAUAAAAUGUUCUAUGGAUUUGUAUGAAUUGAUGUUUUUGUAAAUCCCCCAUUAGAUUGCUCAUUGACGUGGAAUGCUUUCAAAAUAGCUGACUCGCUUAAUUUUUUCGCGCUGUAAAAACGCUGGAAAAACUGAGCAAAUUUUUCCGCUAAUUUGAAAGCGUUCUUAGAAAAAAUAUUAUACAAUCCCAUUUUUUUAUACAAUAUAAUGUUCGUAGUAGAUAGUCAUGGUGACUGAUUAUAAAAUUAUUAUUUACUAUAGGUCACAAUAAGAAACUUAUUUAUAACGGUUAUUAUUAAUUUGGACCACCGAGAUUGGAAAAAUACUUGUUUUAGAUCAUAGAUUUACUUUUAAAUCUAGUUUAUGGUGUUUAUAAGGAACUCUUUUAUAUAAGUUAGCUACUUAUUUGCCAAUAUUUUACUUAAAUUGUAUUUGAUAAGUUAUUGUAAAGUUAUAGGUACAUAUUCUGGUUACAUGUUUUAAUCGUUUUGUAGGUUUAAUUGUGAAAAGUUGUACCCUUCACACCCUUGUUUUGUGAAGUAGGAAAAGUAGUCUUAUAUACAAUUAAUUUUAAUCUGAAAGACACCUAGCAUGGUCAAAAUCACUGAUGAAAUAUAAUAUGGAUUUUCUGGUCAACUUAAAAUGCCUUUUAAAAUUGUCACAAGAAAAUGAACUUAUGUCCACUUAAAAACACGUAGUUAUAGUCUAUUUAGUUUUAAGAUUUUGCAAUAAUCAAUGUGCCUUUAAUGUAAACAUUGUCUUGCCUUACCCAAGAUUGUAAAAAAUAAUAAAAAAAUAAACCUAUUUGUAUAAAACUAUAUCCAAAGAGGGCUCCAUUCCGUUCAUGAGAUCUGUAGAUCCGAAUGUAUAACGAUAUUAUUAGAGAGAUUUACUCAAUAAAUAUUUUUAUUUAA